AUGACAGAUAUUGGUUGUUGGCCCGAAAUAAUAAAUAAUGAUUUUAGARAAGAUUUUGUACAACUUGGACCAAUACAAGUUAAAAGCUAUAAUUUUCCUCAAUCUGAAAUAAAUGGUGAGCUAAGACGUUUUAAUCCAACAUUAUAUGACAAACGUUUAGAYAACGGUGAUGUUAGUAAACGAAACUGGCUAGUAUAUUCAAAAUAUAAGGAUAGAGCUUUCUGUUUUUGUUGUAAACUUUUUGACUCUAAUUCUACUGGUAAUUUAAGCAAGGGCGGUAUAAACGAUUGGCGACAUAUUGGGGAGAGACUUAAAUCUCACGAAACCACGAUUCUAACUUCCUUAAAGUCUUGGAUUGAAUUAAAACAAAGAAUAUCACAAGUAAAUACUAUAGAUAAACUUCAUCUAAMUAAACUAAACGCGGAUAAACAUUGGCAUGAUGUUAUUACACGAAUACUAGCAGUAAUCCAUUUUUUGGCAAAAAACUGUAUUGCAUUCAGGGGUUCUAAUGAUGUUUUAUAUCAAAAUAGUAAUGGAAAUGUUCUUAGUGCUAUUGAAAUGCCAAUUUUAAUCCUGUUAUACAAAAACACGCAGGGGCGUUCCGAGGCUUCCCUAUUUGGGGGGUUAUCAGUUUGA